UCAUCAAAAAAUAAAAGUUGCUACAUUUCCAUUCUAUAUAAAUCAUCCCUCUAUAGCUAGAUACUCACAAAAACAAAAUCUUUGCUCAAAUUAUAGUCUCAUAUACACAAGCAUAGAGUAAAAUGGAUUCUCGUAUCCAAUUCGUGCUAUUUGUGGUCACUUUUGCAACAAUUUUGAGCCCUACCAUUGCAAAACUGACUCCAAAUUAUUAUGACAGAAUUUGUCCCAAGGCAUUGCCAAUCAUAAAUUCAAUUGUUAAGCAAGCAAUUAUUCGUGAGCCACGCAUGGGAGCAUCAUUGCUACGUUUGCAUUUCCAUGACUGCUUUGUUAACGGUUGUGAUGGAUCGGUUCUGCUAGAUGAUACCCCUACCUUCAUUGGUGAGAAGACUGCAUUUCCAAAUAUCAAUUCAAUUAGAGGUUUUGAGGUUGUUGAUCAAAUUAAAGAAGCAGUUACCAAAGCUUGCAAACGCGAUGUCGUAUCAUGCGCCGAUAUUUUAGCUAUAGCUGCUCGAGACUCUGUUGCCAUUCUGGGUGGUAAGCAAUAUUGGUACCAAGUGUUACUAGGAAGAAGAGAUUCAAGAUUUGCAAGCAGGGAUGCAGCAAAUACAAAUCUUCCUCCUCCAUUUUUCAAUUUCUCACAACUCAUCACAAAUUUCAAGUCUCAUGGACUUAACCUUAAAGACUUAGUUGUUCUAUCUGGUGGCCACACAAUUGGAUUUUCCAAAUGCACUAACUUUAGAGACAGGAUCUUCAAUGACACCAACAUAGACACCAAUUUUGCUGCCAAUUUGCAAAAGACAUGCCCUAAAAUCGGCGGCGACGAUAAUUUAGCACCAUUUGAUUCUACACCUAACAAAGUUGACACAUCAUAUUAUAAGGCUUUGUUGUAUAAAAGGGGUCUUCUUCAUUCUGAUCAAGAGCUUUUUAAAGGUGAUGGUUCUCAAAGUGAUAGAUUGGUUCAACUUUAUAGUAAAAAUUCUUAUGCUUUUGCUUAUGAUUUUGGAGUUUCUAUGAUUAAGAUGGGUAACUUGAAGCCUCUUACUGGUAAAAAGGGUGAGAUCAGGUGCAAUUGCAGAAAAGUUAACCAGAUAUGAAUGAAGAAGGAUAAUGAUUGAUUAAUUGUUUAAUAUAAAGUUGAGGGAAUUUUUUUAUAUUUUCUAUAAAUUAUCAAAAUAUGUUGAUUGUUGAGAAUAAGAAUUCUAGGUUCAAAACAGAAUCUUGAAUUGUCAAGGAGUCUGUUAAAUGUGAGAUUUAUUAUUAUGUUUCAUUUCAAAAGUAUUAAGUUUUAUUUGUGUGACUAUUUGGAUUGUGAUUAUUGCUAAAUGUUUAUACGUAUUAAAAUUUGCA